UAAGGAGUCAUAAUUAUUUUUUCACUUCUUUUAUAUUUUCCUGCAGUAAUUUAAAUAAACUACAGUAGAUACCUUAAUGACACAAAAUAUAAAAAAAGGUAAAAUUCCCAAACUACUCUGAAUAAAUAAUUUCUAUGUUAUCUUUCCAUUGCUUCUGAACUCACCACAUUAUUAAACCCAUAAAAAUAAUCAGACGUGGAGCGUAUUUAUUGAAAAUAAGUGAUAUUGUGUUAGUUAAAAAUGAUAAAUAAAUUUAGGCGGGUAGUGGCUGAGGAAGGAGAAAGAGAGAGGCAGGUUUAAAGAUGCGACCAGCAACAUCGAGGCUUUCCACCUGCUAUAACGCUCUUAUACCAUAACGCUGGUCACACUGUAACAUGCAUAGUUCUCACUGUGACAAAGAGGAAGAAAGAGAUCACUGUCACUGCAAGUACCGUGUGUUCAGACGCCACAAUUAGAUGUCAGACGCUGCACGCUGGAUGGAGCCGUGAGUUUUGUUGCCUGGAACACUGACCACUUGUACACAGCUCUUGCAGUGCCAGGUCAAGCUAGUGCCACAACUCUUGCAGUGCCAGGUCAAGCUAGUGCCACAACUCUUGCAGUGCCAAAUCAAGCCAGUGCCACAACUCUUGCAGUGUCAGCUAGUACCAUGGGGGAGAAGGUUGCUGCUGCGGAGGGUCGCCUGAUGGCUCUUGGUCAUACGUUAAAAAUCUCAAAAGAAAACUGCUUUCCUGCAGAAAUGUUUUGUGAUGGAAAAAUUCAUCAUAUUCUUGUGCGGGGGCCCAGGUUGCUAUCUUGGCAUCAGCUCCUGAAAAUUGGAUCCAAAUUCAGAAUGACUAAUUUGAUAACUUGUAUUCUAUAUAAGGAUAAACCCAGUAUGAUAGUGCUUCUCACAACUGAGUUGUCUGAGCUGAUAUGUUUAGAAGGCCAUGAAGAUAGUUUGGACGAAGCCACACAAGCUGAUCGCCUCGUAUCAUACACAGGUAAAAUAAGCGCCGUUAUUAAUGAUGCUGGAAUAUAUGAAGUUGAUGGGAAGGCUCGCCUCAUCACCACCUAUCUGUAUGAUCUUGUUGGAGAACUUUGCUGUGAGGAUUUGGUAGAUGACAAAAAGAUGAGCACAUCAGAUAUUUCUCAGCAAGGUGUUGCUGUUUUAGAUGACUCUGUCAGUGCAUCCAAAAAGAACAAAUAUAAAUGCUUUGAAAUAGGAGAUACUGUAUCAGCCUACAAUGUCCACCACUUGAAGAUUGAUGGAAUAUUUUAUUUCAUAUGUUGUGGACGGAGCUUAGUGAGAAAGACAAACAGGAGCACUCUUGUCCACAUAGACAACAGUAGAAGUCCAAGAUCUGUUGUGGAUGCAUUGCACAUGUGCAAUCCUGGGUUGCUGGGCAUGUUUUGGCUUUUAGAACUUGAAAAUUAUUUGAUCAGCACCCUUUGCCCAGAAUUUAUGGAUGAAACUCUUAUUAAAAGAAGAAAGUGUAAUGGCGUCAAUGGCUUGAUGACUAGUUUAAUUAAGGAAGCUGCCAACCGAAAACUGAUUCUUCUAGGACAACGCUCUUUAAUUCAGGAGUUCCUGGUUUCUCACCACCAGUGUAUUGUCACUCGGGAGUUUGUUGCUCCCUUUGUUGCAGUUACUAUGGAUAGUUUGAAGGCAGAGGNAAAUACGGUUUUUAAAGUAUCCCUACUUGAUCUGAAGAUACCCAUUACUCAGUCUUAUUUGAGAAAACUAAAACACAGUUAUCUUGAAAAUAUACCCAACCAUGGAGCAUUUCUUAGCUUUGCCACUGUUCGACGGAUUAUGAAAGUUACUAUCAAAGCCGUAUGCUGCUUUUGCGAUUCAGAAAUAGUUAGUGGAUCGUGUGCUUACGUUGGAUGUAAUGCACAACCCUCAGUCAAGCUUACUGCUAGUGCUCAAGUGCUUAUUGAUGAUGGCACAGCAAAUGCUUUACUCUACCUAAAUUCUAUUGACCAAGUAAAAAUUCUUUUGCAGUUAACACGUCAGCAGUAUACAUCAUUAAGCCAGCAUGUUAUUUCAGGGUGUCAUCAGUUAACCUACUUGGCAAAGAAAAGCAAUCAUGAAUUAGGCAAUUUCCACUCAUUUAAGGACUCCAAAGUAUUUAAUGCACUUUGUGCCAGUGAGCAGUUGCUGCAACCCUUAACAGUCUCAUGUCGUAGAUUUGCUUCACAGUCACAUCUGAACAAGUAUGAUGGCUAUGUACAUUUAUACUGUUUGAGUUUAUCAAUGCUUCGACCAAAUAAUGAUAUUGAAACAUUAGUACAGCGUGCAAAGUAAUGCACUAGAAUACUGCUGUUAAUAUAUUUCCUGUUGAACAUUAAAAUAGGCUACAGUACGUAUUAGCAAACCUCUAGUCAUUGUUUAUCUCGUAUGUUCAUUCUUAUAUAUAUUGCCCAGUUUUUCCUGAGUUCACAUUUUGAGGCAAGGCAUAUGCACAGGUAAAGAAAACAUCUGGGAAAAAGAGGUUUAAAGAUAAAGUAGUGCCUCACUUGUACCUUCUCAGUUGAUGCCUCAUGAGUAUAUUAUCCACAUCUUGAUUUUCUUUGAUUAGAUUGAAGUACUACUAUUGAAUUGUCACAGUGCAAGUUAGUUGUUCAUUUCUAACAACAGAAAAUGCAUAAAGAUUUCCUUUAAAAGAUGUAUGAUAAUUACAAAGACUAUUUACAUUUUUCUUUACACAAAUGUUCAAAAUCACUACCCACCAAGUUACUUUGGGUGUGUUAUAAUUUUUCAGGGUAAUUAUGUAUCUAUCCUUGCUAGUUUUCACUGCAUUUGUGGAAUGCAUAAAAUUGCAGUUUGUGAUUUAUAGUGGUUUAGCACUUGGUUCUGAUUAUAAUAAUGUGAUUUGUAGUAAUUAAGUUAAUAAGAACAUAAGAAAGAAGGAACACUGCAGAAGGCCUACUGGCCCAUGCAGGCCUUAACCUAGUCAGGUCAGUCACAUUCAUUUAAGGGAGGGGCACAGCAUCUGACCUAGUAGCAUAAGCUAGUCAGGUCCAACUCACACCCACCCACACCCAUUCAUGUAUUUAUCCAACCUAUUUUUAAAACUACACAACAUCUUAACUUCUAUGACAGUACAGUGGACCCCCGCAUAGCGAACGCCUUGCAUAGCGAACAUUCCGCAUAGCGAACACUUUGAUCGCUAAAAUUUUGCCCCGCAUAGUAGACAAAAACCCGCUCAGCGAACUUCGUCCGAGACGCGUCCAAUGUGCGGCCUCAGCCAGCCUCACAUGUGCCGCCUGUCCCAUUGUUUACCAGCUAGCCUCCGCGGUAACAUUCAAGCAUACACUCGGAAUAUUUCGUAUUAUUACAGUGUUUUCGGUUCUGUUUGUUGAAAAUAAGUGACCAUGGGCCCCAAGAAAGCUUCUAGUGCCAACCCUGUGGUAAAAAGGGUGAGAAUUAGUAUGGAAAUUAAGAAAGAUUUUGAAGGGUUUGGGGCUAACCCUGAGAAGCCUAUGCCAGUUGUGGAAUCCAUUGUGCCUACUUCAAAAAUUAAGGAAAUGUGUGCACAGUGGGUUGAACUGCAAACCUUUAUGGAUGAAAAUCACCCUGACACAGCUGUUGCAAGGCGUGCUGGUGACUAUUUCAAUGACAAUGUUAUGGCCCAUUUUAGACAAAUCGUAAAGGAACGGGAGGUACAGAGCUCUAUGGACAGAAAGAAGUCCAGUGACUCUGAAGCUGGUCCUAGUGGCAUUAAAAGAAGAAGGGAAGUAACCCCGGAAAAGGACUUGCCUCCUCAAGUGUUAAUGGAAGGGGAUUCCCCUUCUAAACACUAACACUCUCUCUCCCCUCCUCCCAUCCCAUCAAUCAUCACCAGAUCUUCAAUAAAAGUAAGUGUCAUGUAAUUGUGCAUGCCUUUUUCAGUUUGUGUGUACUAAAAUUAACAUUUUUUUGUGGUAAAAAAAUUUUUUUUUCAUACUUUUGGGUGUCUUGCACGGAUUAAUUUUAUUUCCAUUAUUUCUUAUGGGGAAAAUUAAUUCGCAUAGCGAACAUUUCGCAUAACGACCAGCCCUCUUGCACGGAUUAAGUUCGCUAUGCGGGGGUCCACUGUACUCGGGAGUUUGUUCCGCUCAUCCACAACUCUAUUACUAAACCAGUGCUUUUUUAUAUGCUUCCUGAAUCCGAAUUUUUCCAACUUAAAACCAUUGCUGCGAGGCCUGUCUAUGCUGGAUAUUUUUAGCAAGCUAUUUACAUCCCCUCUAUUAAUUCUUGUUUUCCAUUUAUACACUUCAGUCAUAUCCCCCUAAUUCUACGCCUUUCUAGAGUGCAGAUUCAGGGCCCUCAGUCUAUCCUCAUAAGGAAGAUUUCUGAUACAUGGGAUCAACUUUGUCAUCCUUCUUUGUACAUUUUCCAGUGCAUUUAUAUCCAUUCUGUAAUAAGGUGACCAGAACUGUGCAGCAUAAUCUAAAUAAGCCUAACCAAAGAUCUGUAGAGUUAAAGAACAACCUGAGGACUUCUAGUAUUUGUAGUUCUUGAUAUGAAGCCAAAGAUUCUGUUAGCUUUAUUGUGAACACUUAUACACUGUUGUCUUGAUUUCAGAUUACUGCUAACCAGAACUCCUAAAUCCUUUUUGCAAUCCAUAAUAUUAAGAUAUUCAUUAUUUAGUUUAUAUGUGGCAUGGUUAGUUUCCUGUCCAAAAUUUAGAACUUUGCAUCUGUCUAUAUUAAACUGCAUCUGCCACUUCUCUGACCACUGCAUCAGUCUAUUCAAAUUGUCCUGGAGUGCUCUAAUGUGCUCAUUAGAAUGAAUUGGACGUCCUGUUUUCCUGUCAUCAGCAAAUAUGCCUAUGUCACUAUUAAUUCCCUCAUCUAUGUCGUUUGUGUAAAUUGUGAACAGCAAGGGGCCCAACAUUGACCCCUGUGGAACAUCGCUUGUGAUGUGCUCCCAUUCUGAUGUCUCCCUAUUUAUACUAACACACUGCUGCCUAUUUGUCAACCAUGCCUCUACCCAGGAAAAAAUUUCUCCUCUUAUUUCGUGUGCCUUAAGUUUCCUCAAUAGCCUCUGAUGUGGAACUCUAUCGAAAGCCUUACUAAAGUCCAUAUAUACAGUAUCAUAUUCAAUACCAUGAUCUACCUCCUCAAAUACCUUAGUGAAGAAAGUUAGGAAAUUCGUAAGACAGGAAUGCCCCUUUGUAAAACUGUGCUGAGAUUCAUUAAUCAAUUCAUGCCUUUCAAGAUGGCUACGAAUUGCUUUGGCAGUUAUUGAUUCCAUAAAUUUUCUAACUAUGGAGGUAAGGGUUAUUGGUCUAUAGUUCGAAGCUAAGGGCCUGUCACCUGCCUUAUAAAUAGGUAUUACAUUUGCCAUUUUCCACUUGUCUGGCACUAUGCCAGUUUGUAGUGAUGUACAGUAGACCGUCAUCUAGCACGGUAGUUACGCUCCUGAAAAUGCCGUGUUAGGUAAAAUCAUGUUAGAUGAACUGAAGAGCUUAUUGGAAAAAUAGAGUUACAUUCCUCAGAGCCCCCCCCCCCCCAGAAAAAAAAGAAAUUUUUUUUAGGCCUCCACAUCUUACAAAAAUAAAAGUGAAUAUGUAGUUGUAGUUCAUUGUUGUGAUGUAUUAUGUUGUUUUUACUGCUUAAGACUACAAAUGUAACAGAAAUAAUAGUAUUUCUUACCUUAAAUUGUGGGUGCUGGUGUUUGUGGAUGAUUGUGAAGAGAGUGGAGAGUUAUGUUGUGGCCCUACUGGGCUGAGGUGGAUGGUACUGAAGUCAAUGGUUGUAUUGGAGUGUCUAACUUUAACUUUAGGUCAUUCAGUCAGUUAAGUCAGUCAGUCAGUCACACAAACUCAUGUUUUUCUGUAUACAAAUUAACACUUCAUUAUGGCUACAGGCUAUCUCUUGUCUAAUACCUUUGUUUCUUUGUUAAUUCUAAGACUUAAAUGUUUAUACUUUUUCGUGCCACUUUCAGCAACACUGGUAUGGCUACAGAGUGUCAUGAUUGCUUGGCAGAUACAAGAUAUAAUAAUUAAAAUAUCAUAACACAAUUCACAAAUACAGCUGCCUUGUAGCAGAGAAAGACUGAACACGUAUGAAUUACAAAUCCUGGGGUGGUGUCGGGGAGUGGCAGGGGAUGGCGGGAGGGAGGGCUCCCUGGCUGCUCCACAACAAGGCGGCCACUUGAGCAAAAGAGAAUCAUGUUAAAUUAAUUAUACGUUACAUAAAAUUGUGCCGCAAUUCUUCAGUCAUGCCAAAUAAACUCUUGCUAAAUGACAGUCUACUGUAUUGAAAAGAUUAGCCAAAGGUGUGCUGAGUUCCUCUUUACAUUCCUUUAAAACCCUCGCAAACAGUUCAUCAUGGCCUGGGGAUUUGUUAGGCUUUAAUUUCUCUAAUUGUCCGAGGACCAUGUCACUAGUUACCCCAAUAGUGCAUAGUUUAUUAUAGUCUUGUUCUACAUAAUUUAUUAUUUCUGGAAUUUCGCUAUUAUCUUCCUGAGUAAAAAACAGAGGAAGUAGGUGUUGAAGAGUUCAUGCAUUUCCUUAUCACUGUCAGUGAUCUGACCUGAGUUUGGGUGGGCCUAUCUUGUCCCUAAUUUUACUUCUGUAUACCUGAAAGAACCUUUUGGGUUAGUCUUCGAAUCCCUCGCGACUGUAGCCUCAUAAUCCCUUUUUGCUUUUCUUGUUCCUUUUUUUUUUAUUUUAUAUCUUUUUAAUUAAAUAUAUUGAUUUCUUAACUGCCAACCCCCUCUUUUGAUAUGCCUAUAUGUGCCUCUCUUUUGACCAGUGAAAUAUUUUUGUUAUAUCUAAUUUCCCUUCUUAGAACAAAAGUUGCCUGGGCAGCUAGCACUUUGCUCUGAAACAUGUCAUAUUGGCAACCAACACCACCUACCUGACCCAUAGUCAGGUCUUCCCAAUUAACCCACCCUGGUAAUUUCUCAGUCCCAUGAAGUCGGCCAAGCGGAAAUCUGGGACAGACUCGAUUGUAGUUAUCCGAGUAAUUCCAUGAUAUAAUGAAACUAAGUAAUUUGCCACUUAAUUCUUUAAUAUUCAUUUUUAUAACAAAUAGAGAAACUAAGUAGCAUAAUUAGCAUUUAAGUUAAAGGCUGAAAAAGUCCUGGUGAAUGUUUGAUAUUUGGGCUGCUUUAUAAAUAACAUGUAUUUUCCAAAGGUAAAUAUAAUUAGGAGUGAUAUGUAGUAGUAAUAAGGAAAAACUACAAAAAAUAUUUAUCAACAUAAUCUCUCACCUUUGUUGUGUUGUUCCAAGUGGUCCUUAGGUAUUUAGUUCUUUAUUUGAAUAUAAUUCUUUAUGGUUUAGUGCUUAGUUUUGAUUGUAAUAAUAUAAUUCUGUUAUCUUACGUUUAUCAUUGAAAAUGUAAAUGACCAGGUUACAAGUAAUAUGAGAAUUGAAAAAAAAAAAAUCCAGCUCUAAGCAUCACCUUGAGGUGAUGCUUAUUGAUUUCAUGGGGAACUGCUAAGUCUGGAGGGAUCAUACAAGUCCUAGAAGAAUGGGAGACAGAUUAAAUCCAGUUAUAGGGAGGGUAGCACCAGUUCUUUGGAUCAAGAGUUUAAUGUUGAUGAAAGGAACUGGAUAUAUCCUCCCACUAGAUCAAGUAUGAUUAUCUUUCCAUUCUUCAGACAAUAACCCAUACAGGUUUAUCCAUGAAUAUUUUAUUUAUAUGAAGACCGCUAAACUCUUAGGGGUCAAAUGGCACCAAGGGAAAUAUGUUUGAUCCAAGGAAGAGCAAGAGCAUGGCCCUUCACUACUGGCAUGGAAGGACCAUUCAUGAGAUGAAGUCAAUUGAGUAAUACUCUUAUAAAAAACUAAAAAAUUUGAAGGGAUGAGUUACAAUUACAUAGGCAAUUUAUUUUGGAUAGUUAUUUCAAUUAUGAAAAAUACAACUGACUUAUGGAAAUGCCAACAGCUAAAAGAUUAAUUGCUCUAAAAUUUCACAUACAUAUUUAUUUUGUCUUUAUAUUCUUGUACUAAAAUACAGUGGGGGGGGAAGUAGAUUCAUUUACAAUUACAGAAGUAAAGAAAAUACAAUAUUUGUUUACACAGUUUUUGGACAAUUUAUUGUAUCAUAAUGUUAUUUAAUAUAAAAAAAAAAAAAAAAUUGGUAGUGAACAAAACACGCUGUAAACUUGCUUAGUUGCAUUUCUAUUUAUAAAUAUAAAUGAAUUCAGAAUUUAUGGUUCAUGUUAAAAGGAGUCGUGCUGUAUAGCCCUUGUGGCUUAGCGCUUCUUUUUGAUUAUAAUAAUAAAAGGAGUCCUGCAAAAUCGCAUUUUAAUUCAUAGGGGUUACAGAGCAUAAGGGAUAAUUGGAAGUAAUCAGGUUUGAUCAAAGUAGCCUGAUCCAAUUCCUUGGGUAGUUUUUCAACAUUAAUAACUUAAAAUAACCAACAUGAAUUAAAAACCCAUUUAACAAAAUAUAAUUUUUUUCCCCCAUUUUCAUUUUAUUCUUCUA